CGGGUUAAAGGUCAACGCGUACGUUAUACAUGUAAAUAAACAUUCCAGGUGUCGAUCUAGUCUGCUUUAUAUGACGCAUGUGUAAACAAGGUUUACUGCGGGACAGGUAUACUGUGCACGUAAAAAUUAUCCCAGGAUUAAUAAUAUAACUUUAUUGCUCAUAAUAAAAGUGGCAGAAAAGAAGAAUUUACAUCCUGCGUGCUGUCUCACGCCAUUUUCACACGGAAGGAAUACUUCAUUCACUGAACGCAAGUUGUCGUUGGAUUUAGAUUGAGAUUAUAACAGUUUAUACAAUGGAAGGUGCUGUGAAUGAGUUUUCGUUUAAGCUGUACCGAGUUUUAUCCCAAGGAAAUGACAAUCUUUUCCUUUCUCCGUACAGUGUGUCGGCCGCCCUAAUGCUAACCAUGCUGGGCACCAAAGGGGAAUCCGAAUUACAAAUUAAGCAGACACUGGGCGUCUCCGGAAUCUCCGAUCCCCAUCAAGCGUAUAAAGAACUGCACGAGACACUGACGGGCAAAUCUAAACAAGGGGCUAAACUUGCUAUAGCAAACCGAAUCUUUUCCAAACUCGGUCUGGAUAUUAGAGCGGAAUAUAAGAAAGAGUCGUUAGAGAAUUACAAUAGUGAAGUGGAGUUGCUAGAUUUCGUGGGAAAUUCGGAGGGAUCCAGAAGAAGAAUUAACGCAUGGGUUGAAGAACAAACCAAUAACAAAAUUAAAGAUCUGAUUCCAGAAGGAGGGAUUAACGCGCUUUCCCUAAUAGUACUGACGAAUGCAAUUUACUUCAAAGGUGAUUGGGAAAACGCAUUUCAGUCCUCAAGAACAAAAAGAGAACAAUUUAACAUUUCCGAGACGAAAAAGGGCAUGGUGGACAUGAUGCACAUGGAAAAAAAGAAAUGGUUGGUCGGGAUAUCGGAUUCCUUUGACUGCAAAGUUCUCAGUCUCCCCUACAAAGGAGAGGAACUGAGCAUGAUCAUAGUUCUUCCAAAUAAGGUUGACGGAUUAUCCAAAUUAGAGUCAAGCCUUUCCUCGGACACUUUUAAAGAACUUACAAAGGAAAUGUUCCGAGAAGACGUUAUUGUCUCCAUACCAAAAUUCAAACUGGAAAGUUCGUUCCAGCUCGAUAAAGUUCUUUCAGAGAUGGGAAUCACCGACAUUUUCUCCCGAAAGGCUGAUUUUGGCGCCAUGAUGGAUAAUCCACCAGAGGGCACUUUUGUUUCUGACGUCAUUCACAAAGCAUUCGUAGAGGUAAAUGAGGAAGGCACAGAGGCUGCCGCGGCUACCGCUGUAAUGAUGAGAAUGAUGUGCAUGCCAAUGGACCCUAUUGUAUUUAAUGCAGACCACCCAUUCUUGUUCCUUAUCAGAGAAAAUUCAACCGGAAGUGUUUUAUUCAUCGGUCGUUUUACAGAGCCAGCCAAGUAACUGGUGAAAAUCUUGCGAUUACUCAGACUUUUUCCAUAGAAAACGGGAAUGGUGUUAUUAAGUUUAUGUGUACAUUCCUUGUGAAAUAUUCAUCUGGUUUUAUAUACACUUACAAAAAUUUAUCUCUAAUUUCUUUGAUGUAUAAUGUGUACUUUUUAUCACAAUAUAUUUGAUCAAUUAAUCA